UUUAUUAAUUACAUUAAUAUGGCUCCUAAUUGAGCUCUUUGAGGGGAGAGGUGAAGGCAUAAAGCGAAACUUUCACUGAAUUUGUCAAUCAAACACGUGUCUUAGCAAAAACCUGUGUGAUUUGGAAGCCUCCACAUUCACGUGGAAUUCUGUAAUAUUUUAGGCUGGUUAUGUAAUUUUCUCAUUUGCAAAAACCUCCAGCAGUGCCAUUAUAAUAAGCUGAUUAAUAUGAGAGGGAGUAUAGCAGGAGGAGGAAGAGGUGAGAGUGAUCAGGAGGGUGUGGAUGAGAGCUGCUAUUGGUUCACCUCUGGGUGGUUGUCAUCAUCACACUGCUGUACCUCAGGGACCUGUCAGUGGAAAGAUCUGCUCUCACCCAGCAGCAGUGUCGUGGCUGUGCUUAGAGAAUGGAUGACGGUCAACAAACAACUAAUCGAAAGCUUUCCAUUAAACUUCUCCUUUACUACAUACAUAUAAAACAUUGAAAAGAUCUUAGGGCAUGUUAUAAUUUAAAUUCCAGGUAGGAUAAAAUUCUAUACAUGGGCACAACACAGUAUGUCUUCAGUCUAGUAGAAAUUCUACUGAAUCCUAGAAAACAAUUACAUACAUGUUAAGUCCUUAGAUACAAAUUUAGCAAGGUUUUAUGAAGACCAUGGAUUCAGUUGGUGGUCCUAAUCAGCAUGACGGAAAAUGGUCUUCAGUUGAUUUAGAGGUUAGAGAUGAUGAGAGUCAGAAUAUUCCUUCUCGAUGGUAUGGAGGAAUUGACAAAUGCCCAGGUCUCACCCACAGUAACACACAAAAAAAUAUAGAUGAGGGGUUCUCUGAGUUAGACCCCUUGCUUCCUAAUGAUCGUUUGUGGCCCUCAGUCGAUGAUGAGGAAAAAAUGACCACUGGUGCUCAGGCCAUGCCGAGCGAAUCAGUUUGUACCAUGGUGCUUCAGAUCCUGGGUCCAUUCCUCCUGGCAGGCUUUGGCACAGUGAUGGCUGGCAUGCUUCUGAACAUUGUGCAGCACUGGGACGUGUUUCGGAAAGUAACGGAGAUCUUCAUCCUGGUGCCAGCAUUACUUGGCAUGAAAGGCAACCUGGAAAUGACACUGGCAUCAAGACUCUCUACAGUGGUGAACGUUGGCAAAAUUAACUCCUCAAGAGAGAAGUGGAAACUGAUCAUUGGAAAUCUUGCCCUCAAGCAGGUUCAGGCUACAGUGCUGGGUUUCCUUGCUGCUUUGGCAGCCUCUGCACUCGGAUGGGUUCUGGAUGAGAAAUUGACCAUAAAUGAUACAGCACUGUUAUGCUGCAGUAGUGUAGUGACAGCAUUCAUGGCAUCGUUAUUGCAAGGUAUCAUUAUGGUGGGUGUGAUUAUUGGCUCAAAGAGGACCGGGAUUAAUCCCGACAACAUAGCAGCACCAAUUGCGGCUAGUUUUGGUGACCUCAUCACUUUGGGGUUGCUUGCCAUCAUCAGUCAAAGGCUUUUCUUUUGCAUUGAGCUCUACCCCUAUGUUAUCUAUGUAGUGUGUGUCGUCUUUCUGUGCCUGACACCAGUCUGGGUGAUAAUUUCGUUUUGUCACUCUGAGAGCCACAAACUGCUAUAUAAUGGUUGGGAACCUAUAAUCACAGCCAUGGUUAUUAGCAGCAUGGGUGGACUCAUUCUGGACAAAACCAUUACUGACUCUAAUUUAGGCGGACUAGUGGUUUACACCCCUGUGAUAAAUGGUGUUGGUGGUAACCUGGCUGCCAUCCAGUCCAGCCGUAUAGCCACGUACCUUCAUUUUCACUGCUCCCUGGGAAGGUUGCCUGAGGACAAAAAGUGCUAUUACUGUCCAUUCUACACCUUUUAUGGCAAAGGAUAUAACAACAGAACAGCUCGAGUCCUACUUCUUCUGGCCAUUCCAGGCCAUGUGGUCUUUCUUUUAAUUAUUUAUCUAAUGCAAGGUGCCAACACCAGCCCAACACCAACCUUCAUCACCCUCUACUUGGUUGCAGCCCUAAUUCAGGUAUUUCUACUGCUGUGCAUAGCUGACUGGAUGGUUCAUUGCUUGUGGAAGUAUGGUCGAGACCCAGAUAGCUUUUCUAUCCCCUAUUUAACAGCCUUGGGGGAUCUACUGGGCACUGGCCUAUUAGCUCUUGUGUUUUUGCUGUGGGUGAUUAAUGAUGACACACUUUUGGGUGACUGAAACAGGUUUACCAACAAAUUUAUGGGUUAUAUCUUAAAUUAUUAUUUAUUUUUGCAUUUUUUAAAAAUUGUUUCUAAUUCUUAAUCUUUGUUAGACUCUCCUCUCGUUCACUGGGGCUACUGAAGCAUGAAGAUAUCUUUCCAAGCCAUUGCUGAGACACCUCAGCCCCUUUGUAGGGCAACAUUAAUUACUUAGUAAGGCUUAUAAGUGAUACAAAGUUAGGAACAUUUCUUAUCAUUCACUUAUUAUGUUCUUUUUUAACAGUCUAUAUAAAAUGUUAUUAUGUCUAUAUAAACAGUCUGUAAAAAAAUUGAUUUAAUUAUAUUAAAAUGUCCCUACUUUCCAGCCCUUUCUAGAAGUCAAAAGUCAGCAAGUUGUAACUUAAACAGAAUGUAGCAAACAAUCAAUCAUGCUUUUUAUUUACGAUGGAGGCAUAUGUACAUAUCUGAACCACCAAAAAACUAUAGCCAGCUGAUUUUGGCUGUCAGCAGGUAAAUUAUCAGAAAAACUGACUUUUCUCUGCGUUUUCCAGACUAUGAAAAUGAUUUAAAAAAAAAAAAAAUCUUUAAAAUCAUCUUUAAAAUUUAGAAUCUGAUGAGUCAAACAUACAAUUGAAUACAAACACUUAACUACAGAUUAUAAUCUGAUUAUAUAAUGAUUACUUCCCUAUUUAUAAUGUACUGUUCCUUUUUAUUUUUCCUUUUCUCAGUUUGUCUAUAUUUAUCUAUAUUUGUAAUAAUAUUAAAAUCUAAUAUUAUCUUAAACACACACACACACACACACACACACACACACACACACACACACACACACACACACAAAUAUAAUUCACAUGGCAGUAUGUAAAAGACCUGUUAGGAAACUACAAGGUUUGAUUAUGCCAUAUGAUGGUUGCUAUACCUGCUUGUUUUGGUAUAAAUUCAUGUUUUUUCAGAAGUUUAUAUAUAACUUUUAGAUUUUUAAAAAAAUGUUUACAAUUGCUUAAUUGCAAUUACUUAUUUGUUAAUCAUCCUUAUUAAUUGUUUUAAUGUUAUUUGAUUUUGUAAGCUAUUUUUAAUGGUUGUUUUUUACGUGAUGAAAUUUAACAGACAAUGGUUAAUGCAGUGCCUUUUACCAGACCAUUUUGCCUAUCAGCUCACUUUUUUUUUAUGUCUAUUGUAUUUUUUAAAACCAGUAUUUGAGCGCUCAUAAGUCCAUUUCAUGAGUAAAUUAUAUGUGAUAAAAAGAAAAAUCCAUAAUAACAAUUUUUAAACAACUUCUAACCACAACAUUGCUGAUCUGUUGUUCGUCGACCCUGUUAUUUUGGAAGAAUCUUCUUCAAAACACACUCUAAGUGUGAGACCCACUUGAUCUUGGAGUCUUGAUGCCAAAAAAACAGACUUUAUUAUCAAAGCAACAAAGUCUGAACUGGUGAGAAUAACUGACACAAGUGCUUUUGAUAAAGGUUUUUAUAACAUUUUGAAACACUGAUCUCAUAUGACAGAGCUUUUUUUUAUUUGAACACACUUUGGCCCCAUGCCACCAUUAUUUCCAAUUCCUGACAUUUAAAAAAAAAAAUAAUAAUGGUGGCACGGUACUGCCAGCUCUCUUUAAAAAAACAAACAAACUACAUUCUAAACAUGCCCAACUGUUGGAUGAAAAUUAUGAUAGAAAGAAAACAUGAGGGAGACAACUAUGGGAAACACAAGGGUUUAUUGAGGGAAAAGGGGUAUACAGGUUAAGAAUAGGGACUGGUAGGAGAGUAAUCAGUGGGAGAAUAGGGAGGGAAUAGAGAAUAACGGGAUAAGUAACAGGGGUGUGUAGAGUAGCUAGGAGAACUGGGAGAAUAAGGAGAAGGACUGAGAGCAUCGGCAGUAGGGCUAAAGCCAUGGUCAGCCCCAGAGACAGUCAUGACUUCAUCAGAAGAAAACUCAAACGGGUAGCCAGAGGGUAAAACAGAAGGUGUCUCUGUUUGAGUAUAUACAGAAACUGUAGCCAGGACAAUCCUGUAGUGGAGAGGAGGUGGAAAACCAGAAACUCUAGGCUAAGCAAGAAGGUUUUCAAUCAACAGAGUCAUAUGAGAGUCAUAUCAGCUGGCAUGUGUACAAGUCGAUAGCGUAUAUUCUGGUCUGGUCCAUGGAAUGAAAAGGGGAUAAAGGGCUGCUGCCCAGCUGGAGAAAGAAAACACCAAGAAAGAUAGAAGUACACUCUUUCACUCCUAGGAAAAGCAUAUCUAAGUUAGCUAUAACAUAAAGUGAAUCUACUGUCUCAACAAAGUUAUAAAGUACAUAGAAUAAGUAUAGGGAAUAAUGUUAUAAGUUACUAACACUCACUGUAGCACAUAUACACACACCAGGUAUGCACACUAGAAAAGAAUGAAAUAAAGAUAAUUAGUGAAAAGCAAUGGGAGAUUGAAGGAAAGGUUGAGGUCCUUGCUCACUGAUGGUCAGAUCAAUAAUGCCCUAGGAAGCUGAAGUUGUUUUUUAAAAAAAGGGAACCAGAAAUAGUCGAAAAUAAUGGGAUUGGAAAAUACCUGAAAAAUGAAAAUAAUGGGAUUGGAAAA